CAUCUACGGAGGGUGAUCGGAGGGAGGACUCAGCAGACAGCAGCGAUGUAUUUCUUGCUGCUGCUUUACUAAAGAGCCCGAGGCAUGCAGCAUGCCUUAGGUCCGAGACUGGCUUCCCCACAGCAGUCAGCGGUUAGGGGCAAGUGUGCGGAGAGGGAAGGAAGGGCUGCGUGCUGCCGGCAUCGUGCCUGGGGAGCCUGGGGAGGGCAACUUGCUGCCGUGGGAACGAGCCCUCCUCUGACAGCAUCGGCGUGAGGUGGAGGGACGAGAGAGAGAGAGAGAGAGAAAAAAAAAAAAAAAGUUUCCUUCGUAACCUCGAAUUUGCGUGAUUGGCUUUCUUCUUAGGGGAAGUGCCACCCCUACAUGCCGACGCGCACAAACGCCCCGGGAACGGAGCCCCCCGCCCUGAAAUCCCCUCCCGCUGUCACCAGGAGCCUCGGGACGGAGCGCGGCGAGCCCCGAGCCCCGGCAGCGCUCCCGGCUCUGCUCCUGCCCCCGCGGACACGCCUGGACCCGGGGCCGGGGGCUCGGCUCCCCUGGGGGUCCCGCAGCCCCUCCGCACGGCUCCCCCGCACCCAGCACCGAGGGUGAAGAUGAGCUGUGAAUUGAUGGUUGUGUGUGCAGUACAGCUUGGAGAAAACCUCUGCCUCUAUUUUGCUGACGAUGAUGAGCUGGAAUGUGAUGCCUUCUCUAAGGAAAAAACGCUCCAUCGCUUCCUUCGGAAUGUAAAUAGCCAGGUGCUUGUGGUCCAGCCAGAUCUAAACCUGGCAGCUUUUGAAGAUGUAACAGAUCAGGAGAUGAAAUCUGGCAGCGGAAUGAACUUCUACAUGCACUGUUACAAAACUACCACCCCUUCAGCAGGGAUGCCUGUCGCAUUCAGCGUCCAGGUAGAAGAUAAAAGCUACUACAUGUGUUGUGAGGAAGAACAUGGGAAAAUGAUAGUUCGAUUUAGGGAAGGAGAAGUUCCCAAAGACAUUCCUGGUGAAAGCAACAUCAUCUUCUUCAAAAAGACAUUUACAUCUUACAGCUCCAAGGCAUUUAAGUUUGAAUACUCACUAGAACGAGGAAUGUUCCUGGCCUUUGAGGAAGAAGACUCCUUAAGAAAAUUAAUUUUAAAGAAACUGCCAAGAGAAGAUGAGGUAGAUGAAACCACAAAGAUAACUUUAACAAGUCAUAACGAAAGGCACAACCUGUGAUUACUUAAAAAGUCUUAAAAUAAAAUUUGGCUUUUUAAAGAAAA